CGAAAAUGAAUGGAAACUGUAAACCCUAUUCCAGGGGGUUUUAUACAUACGAAUAUAACCAAAACUCGGCAGAUUUCAUUGGGAAGAAGCCUCAGUUCUUCCUAAGGCGAGGGGCCAAAGCUGCUCAAGUGUUCGGAGAAAUAGAUUUGAUUCCGAGGUACUUCGUAAUACAGUUUUGAACAUCCACGAUCUCAGCUCUUUUCAUUUCCACGCUUUCUUAAAUUUAUGUUGCUUGUAGAGCUUUCUUCAACUUUUCCAGAAAUUGUAAUGAACGUACAUUGUAUGAGGAAAGCGGUAGACCCAAAAAACAUUUUCCGAAAUCCGGUUAGUUAGUUGCCUGAUAUUCGAUGAUAAUUCCUAGAAUCUUCAAAAGAGUGUCCCCCAAAAUGAUUUCACACAUUAACGACGCGAUGAUUCACCCUGCUAUUUCUUAUUUUUGUGAAAGAGGAUGCUCUUCGUCUGUCUCAUCCAGUCAAAAGGCGUUUAGGUUGAAGGGGAUCAGAUGCUUUCAAAGCUCUGAACAGUCUCAUUAUCGCAAAGUGACAACGGCUGAAUCGACCAGCCAGAGACCAAUUUCUCUUUAUGCCAUGAAAAUGUCACGAGUAGCUAGAAGUGACGCACAAGCUGCAUUCUUUGAUUAUUUGCAUUACACCAGGGGAUUCAAUUUCCCAGAUGCGGAGCAUAUUAGCAAGAACUCUCCUUUUUUCCUUGAGAAGUUGCUAUCGAAGAUUGAAAACGAGGAGGAUGUGUCAAGGGCAUUGUCAAGGUUCUUGAGGUAUCAUCCCAUCAACGAGUUUGAGCCAUUUUUUGAAAGCCUGGGUUUAAGCCCAGAUGAGAUUCCAUUCCUACUUCCGCGGAACCUAAUGUUCUUGAGUGACAACCGUGUAUUGCUUGACAACCACCAGAUUCUUUGUAGUUAUGGUAUUCCUCGAAGUAGCAUCGGGAAGAUGUAUAAGGAAGCAACCGGGAUUUUCGAGUACAAUGAUGGAGUGUUAGAUAUGAAAUUAAUGGCUUUUGAGAAGAUGGGUUUGAGUCGAUCCACAAUUAUACAGCUUGUGAGCUGCUCCCCUUCUCUUUUGGUUAGCGACAUAAACAAUGAACUUUUUCAGGUGAUUGAGAAAUUUAAACAAAUGGGGUUUGUUAAUGAGUGGGUCGGAGGUUUUUUGUCCAAUGAGCAGGCAUACGAUUGGCGCAGAAUACUUGGGACAACACUCUUUCUGAGUGAAAUUGGUUAUAAUGAGACUCAAGUGGGUGAUCUGCUUAAGGCAAAUCCUGCAUUGCUGUUUGAAGAUUCUGGGAGAUGCACUUGUGUGUUAGUUGUUCAAUUAGUGAAGUUAGGACUUGAGAUGGAUGAAAUCCGUUCUUUGCUUUCAGAAUUUCCAAAUAUCCUAUCUUUGAAGUAUGCUAAGAGGCUUUGGAAGGCAAUGAACUUUCUGUUUGAGAUCGGAAUGGAGACUGAACCCCUUGCAAGAAUUGUAUCUAACCAUAUACAGUUACUGAGUACCAAUUCUCUCAAACAACCAAAGACUGUGUUGAAGCAUUUCAAAGGUGACAGGCAUCGUUUACGUCAAACUAUUCUGGAUGACCCUCUGAACCUGUUUAGAUUAGCUUCAAAGUCACAAAUUAAGAGCAUUGACCAGCAGACAAGUCUCCGGAACCCCGCUGACAAAACAACAUUCUUAUUGAUGUUAGGUUACGCGGAAAACUCAGAUGAAAUGACAAAAGCUUUGAAAAUGUUUCGAGGCAGAGGAGACCAAUUACAGGAGAGGUUUGACUGCCUGGUCGAGGCUGGUUUGGACUGCAAUGCUGUGGUGUGCAUGGUGAAGAAGGUUCCUACUUUGCUGAAUCAGAGCAAAGAUGUUCUUGAGCAGAAGCUGGAGAGUUUGAAAAAUAGUUUAGGGUAUCCCGUGGAGUCGAUUUUGUCAUUUCCGACUUACCUUUGCUAUGAUAUGGACAGAAUAUGUCUUAGGUUUUCAAUGUAUGGAUGGCUGAGGGAAAAGGGUGUGGCUAAGCCCAUGUUGUCACUCAGCACUCUCCUUGCUUGUUCGGAUAAGCGCUUCAUAAAGUAUUUUGUUAAUGUGCAUCCUGAAGGCCCGGUGAUGUGGGAAUCAUUGAAAAAAAUAAAUCAUGCGAACAACUGACAUAAAUUUAAUUCCUUCUUACAUUUUUUGGUGUACUGUUUG